UAUUUUGUUUAUUUCCUUUUGUGUUUAAUUUUUUCUGGUAGUCACCUCCAGCACAUGGAACCACGGAACAAUACACGAAUUUCAGAAUUUUUUCUUCUGGGAUUCUCAGAUGCACCAGCACUGCAGCCUCUCAUAUUUGGGCUUUUCCUCUCCAUGUACCUGAUCUCUGUAUUUGGGAACCUGCUCAUCAUCCUGGCUGUCAACUCAGACCCCCACCUCCACACCCCCAUGUACUUCUUCCUCUCCAACCUGUCCUUUGUAGACAUCUGUUUCACCUCCACCACCAUCCCAAAGAUGCUGUGGAACAUCCAGACACAGAGCAAAGUUAUAACUUAUGAAGGCUGCAUCACACAGAUGUAUUUUUUUGUACUCUUUGCAGUGUUGGACGACUUACUCCUGACAGUGAUGGCCUAUGACCGCUUCGUAGCCAUCUGUCACCCCCUGCACUAUGUGGUCAACAUGAAUCCCCGGCUCUGUGGAGUGCUGGUGCUGGUGUCCUGGGUCACGGGUGUCCUGAACUCUUUGCUACAAAGUUUAAUAGUUUUGAAUCUGUCCUUCUGUGAAGAUUUAGAAAUCCCCCAAUUUUUCUGUGAACUCAAUCAGGUCAUCCAACUUGCGUGUUCUGACACCUUUCUUAACAACAUGAUGAUAUAUUUUACAUCACUACUUCUGGCCAUUGGUCCUCUGGCUGGAAUCCUUUACUCUUACUCUAAGAUAAUUUCCUCCAUAUAUAGAAUAGCAUCAGCUCAGGAGAAGUAUAAAGCAUUUUCUAACUGUGCAUCUCACCUCUUGGUUGUUUCCCUAUUUUACUCUACGAGCCUAGGAGUGUAUCUUGGCUCUGCCGGUACCCACAGCUCCCACUCUAGUGCAACAGCCUCGGUGAUGUACACUGUGGUCACACCCAUGCUGAACCCUUUCAUCUACAGUCUGCGGAAUAAAGACAUAAAGAGAGCUCUGAAAGCGUUUAUGGGACAGCAGCUCUAA